AUGGCGGGAGUGAAACAGGAAGCAGUGGAACAGGAAGCAGUGAAACAGGAAGCAGUGAAACAGGAAGCAGUGGAACAGGAAGCAGUGCAACAGGAAGAAGUGGAACAGGAAGCAGUGAAACAGGAAGCAGUGAAACAGGAAGCAGUGAAACAGGAAGCAGUGAAACAGAAAGCAGUGAAACAGGAAGCAGUGAAACAGGAAGCAGUGGAACAGGAAGCCGUGGAACAGGAAGCAGUGGAACAGGAAGCAGUGCAACAUGAAGAAGUGAAACAGGAAGCAGUGAAACAGGAAGCAGUGAAACAGGAAGCAGUGAAACAUGAAGCAGUAAAACAUGAAGCAGUGAAACAGGAAGCAGUGGAACAGGAAGCAGUGCAACAUGAAGCAGUGAAACAGGAAGCAGUGAAACAGGAAGCAGUGAAACAUGAAGCAGUGAAACAUGAAGCAGUGGAACAAGAAGCAGUGAAACAUGAAGCAGUGAAACAGGAAGCAGUGGAACAGGAAGCAGUGCAACAUGAAGCAGUGAAACAGGAAGCAGUGGAACAGGAAGCAGUGGAACAGGAAGCAGUGAAACAGGAAGCAGUGAAACAGGAAGCAGUGGAACAGGAAGCAGUGGAACAGGAAGCAGUGAAACAGGAAGCAGUGAAACAGGAAGCAGUGCAACAGCAAGCAGUGGAACAGGAAGCAGUGGAACAGGAAGCAGUGGAACAGGAAGCAGUGGAACAGGAAGCAGUGCAACAGGAAGCAGUGGAACAGGAAGCAGUGCAACAGGAAGCAGUGGAACAGGAAGCAGUGGAACAGGAAGCAGCGUGGGAGCCCGACGAGCAGGCCGAGGCGUGGGAGAUCGACGAGCAGGCCGAGGCGUGGGAGAUCGACGAGCAGGCAGAGGCGUGGGAGAUCGACGAGCAGGCCGAGGCCGAGGCGUGGGAGAUCGACGAGCAGGCCGAGGCGUGGGAGAUCGACGAGCAGGCGGAGGCGUGGGAGAUCGACGAGCAGGCGGAGGCGUGGGAGAUCGACGAGCAGGCCGAGGCGUGGGAGAUCGACGAGCAGGCCGAGGCGUGGGAGAUCGACGAGCAGGCCGAGGCCGAGGCGUGGGAGAUCGACGAGCAGGCCGAGGCGUGGGAGAUCGACGAGCAGGCCGAGGCGUGGGAGCCCGUCGAGCAGGCCGAGGCGUGGGAGAUCGACGAGCAGGCCGAGGCGUGGGAGAUCGACGAGCAGGCCGAGGCGUGGGAGAUCGACGAGCAGGCCGAGGCGUGGGAGCCCGACGAGCAGGCCGAGGCGUGGGAGAUCGACGAGCAGGCCGAGGCGUGGGAGAUCGACGAGCAGGCCGAGGCCGAGGCGUGGGAGAUCGACGAGCAGGCCGAGGCGUGGGAGAUCGACGAGCAGGCCGAGGCGUGGGAGCCCGACGAGCAGGCCGAGGCGUGGGAGAUCGACGAGCAGGCCGAGGCGUGGGAGAUCGACGAGCAGGCCGAGGCCGAGGCGUGGGAGAUCGACGAGCAGGCCGAGGCGUGGGAGAUCGACGAGCAGGCCGAGGCGUGGGAGCCCGACGAGCAGGCCGAGGCGUGGGAGAUCGACGAGCAGCCCGAGGCGUGGGAGAUCGACGAGCAGGCCGAGGCGUGGGAGAUCGACGAGCAGGCCGAGGCGUGGGAGCCUGACGAGCAGGCCGAGGCGUGGGAGAUCGACGAGCAGGCCGAGGCGUGGGAGAUCGACGAGCAGGCCGAGGCGUGGGAGAUCGACGAGCAGGCCGAGGCGUGA